GCAGUUCAGACCCCAGUAAAUAACAUCAAAUGGCACAAAAAUAAACAGUAAAUGUGAAAAAAACAAAAAAAAGUUAAGGUCACCGAAAACUGAACCGGACAGAUGCUAAAGCAAAGCAAACUACAGGUGCAACACAUUCAUGGGAAACAUUUCUCAUUGUAUAAAAUGGUCGGUUCACCUGGAGACCAUUUCUGUAUCUUUUGUAAUUUAUAAAUGAUUCGUCUCUUUUUGCUUUAAAACUGAGAGAAAGAAGAAGAACAGACUUAUUGUCACAUUCCGAGUCAAUCUGACUUGAUUUCUGCAAAACAGCAAUGUUCACUUUAGGCGUGAAAUUAAUGUUUCACCUGCUACAAAAGUUAAUGUAUGAAUGUUGCUGUUUGUUUGCUCCUUAACCUGAGAGACAAAACUGCCCAACUGAGAUGAACAUGUGAAUGAAAUUAGUCAUUUCGUGUAUAAAAUAACAGAAUUGAUCAUCUUACACUCGUGAUGAAAGGGUGAACCAGUGAUUGAACUCAGGGGACAAUAUUUAAAGGUUGAGACAUGAUUCGUGUGUUUUAACUCGUAAUAUCGUGUUUUCCGACUGCCUCUGAACAGUCCCUGAAGGCAGCAGCACCCUGGUCUGACCGGGUCUGGACUCUGGAAGUUGGACUACGUCAACAGCAGAGAGGAGACCGUCCCAGUCCUCAGAGGAGCUGAGCGGAGGCGGCGCGCAUAUGGUCACUCCGAAACAUCUCCAAAUGUCGACAGGAGCGGAGGAGCGCGUCAUGUUGUGUCCGUGCGUAAAGACGCACUGAAGACGGACUCUAAAAAUAAAAUAAAAAAAAAAAACAGCUUGGACGCUUUUUCUUCAGCAUCAAGAUGUUGGCGCGGAAAAGCAUCAUCCCGGAGGAGUUCGGUCUGCCGGGGCUCGCCUCCCGCAUGCCCCGCAAGCCGGUGUUCAGGGACCGCGUGAACAAGGCGCGCUUCAUCGCCAAAAACGGCUCGUGCAACUUGGCGCACAAGAACAUCCGCGAGCAGGGCCGAUUCCUGCAGGACGUGUUCACCACGCUGGUGGACCUGAAAUGGCGCUUCACGCUGGUCAUCUUCACCACCACGUUCGUCAGCAGCUGGCUGCUGUUCGCCAUGAGCUGGUGGCUGGUCGCGUUUGCGCACGGAGACCUGGACCCGCAGCAGCGGAACAGGACCCACUGCGUCACCGACGUCAAGUCGUUCACCUCAGCCUUCCUGUUCUCCAUCGAGGUUCAGGUGACCAUCGGCUUCGGAGCGCGGAUGAUAACGGAGCAGUGUCCGACCGCCAUCACCGUCCUCAUCCUGCAGAACAUAGUGGGGCUCAUCAUCAACGCUGUCAUGCUGGGCUGCAUCUUCAUGAAGACGGCCCAGUCGAACCGUCGGGCGGAGACGCUGAUCUUCAGCCGUCACGCCGUGAUCGCCGUCAGAAACAACCGCCUGUGCUUCAUGAUUCGCAUCGGGGAUCUGAGGAAGAGCAUGAUCAUAGGAGCCACCGUCAGGUUACAGGUGGUGAGGAAGACGACCACACCAGAGGGGGAGGUGAUCCCCAUCCAUCAGAUCGACGUCCAGACGGAGAGCGCCGUGGCCAGCAACAACCUGUUCCUCCUCGCCCCGCUCAUCAUCUGCCACGUCAUCGACAAAAACAGCCCGCUGUACGACCUGUCAGCCAUGGAGCUUCAGUGCAGCGACCUGGAGGUGAUCGUCAUCCUGGAAGGAGUGGUGGAGACGACGGGGAUCACCACGCAGGCCCGGACCUCCUACGUCUCUGAGGAGAUCCAGUGGGGUCACCGCUUCGUUCCCAUAGUAACGGAGGAGGAGGGCGUGUACUCUGUGGACUACUCCAAGUUUGGCAACACAGUCAAGGUGACGACGCCGCUGUGCAGCGCCAGAGAGCUGGACGAGAAGCCGUCCAUCUUAAUUCAAACUCUCCAGAAGAGCGAACUGUCGCACCAAAACUCUCUGAGGAAGCGUAACUCCAUGAGACGCAACAACUCCAUGCGUAAAGGCGCAGGGAGCAGCGGGAGCCUGCGCCGGAACAACUCGGGGAUCGCCUCGCCCAAAGUCCAGUUCUUCACCCCUGGCGACGGAGGCCAGACCCUGAACGCUGUCACCUGACAUGAGGCCUGGCUCCUGCUGGCCGCCCUGCUCCUCCUGGUGGGAAGGAGGAUCGUGGGUGUGGCUGUGUCUCCUGCGCUGAUGGGACUCGUUCUGUUUCUGUUCCCUGCUUUAUCUAGACUUGUCUCGCAACACAUUUACUGCUAAUGUUACUCUCCAAGGCUUUACAAUCUCUACAACACACAUCAUUUUAUUUCCUUACACCCCUCAGUCUGGAUAUAAAGAUAUCUGCAGAGAUAAUUCGACUGACAUUAAAUUAUAUCAUCAAUUAGAUAAAAAUAAGUCAAACAUUCACUGGUCCUAGCUUCUAGAAUCUGAGGAUUUGAUGCUUCUCUUCUCCUGUGACUGUUGAAACUGCGAUGGUCAUUUUUCACUCUCUCACUAAACAGUUUUAAGUGCAACACGAACACACACCUGUAACAUGAGACGCACAUCAAACCACCGACACCCACCGUUUUCCCAUGUUUCCCGGAACUGAUGCACGUUAACUCCAUCACUAUAUGACGGCCUGCGUGCUGCAGGUGCAUGAGGAGAUAUCACAUGACACAGCUGAUGCGUUUAGCUGAAUAAUUAGUGACACAUUUGAGCGAUUAAUCAACUGUAGACAGAUAAAGCGAUCUGAAGAUGUUGCCUCGGGCUGUGGGACCUUGUGAUGGACAUUUUUCACAUUAAUUAUUAAUUUUUUUGUUUUUUAAAUAAUCAAAAGAUAAAUAGAUAAUACAAAUAUUUUUAUUAAACUUUUUUUGUAAAGCAGAAAUAAAAAACAACAAAAAAAAACACACAAUAAACCAACACAAAAUACAGACGAAACAACUGAGAAGAAAAACAACAAUCAAAUCCAGGGACAGCUGUUCUUACAUCUGGAAAGCUGUAACUCCACUGCGUUUUUCCAGACUGCUUCUAUCAGUCCGGCCUUUAUCCUUUGAGAUUUAGUGGCUCCCAGGUAUUAAAGACGGGCUCGAGGGUUCAACCUUUAAGGCUGUGGAGAAAGCUCCAGUGCUUGUUUCAUUAUCCAGCCAUUGAUUUAGAGUAGGACCUCUAUCAUUGAUCCACGUGACUGGGAUGCACUUCAGAGCAGAGUGCUGCAAAAUACAGAAAAGGUCUGUUACAAAAAUCAGCAAGUGACUCAUUAUACAACAAUUUUCCUGAGGUUAAAACAACCAAAGGCAGAUUAUGCAAGUGUUUCACCUACAGUGUUUCACCGACGGUUUUCAUCACAUUUACAAAACUAUUCAUUAUUAAAGCAAUAAAUACAAACACUAUUCUGUUCAACAUACAUUUGUACAUUUGUAAUUUUCACUCGUUUGUGACUUGUGUUGUUUGAGAAUAAACUCACUCACUUCAUCUGAAUGUUUCUGUAUAUGAACUGUCUGUAUAUGAAUGAUCCCAGUGAAGAAAUACAUUCAUUUAGUAGAUAAUA